ACCGAAAUGAUAAGAAAACCAGAUGAAGUCAGGACGUAUGUAGUCGAGCGCUUUAUGGCCGACACAGAUAGAGAAAAGUUGUUCUUUUUACCGUUUAAUACCGGCGACGGUGGACAUUGGUUGUUGGUCGCGAUAAAUCCUUUUAAAGAAAUUGUGUAUUAUUUGGAUUCUUUACACAAUGAUUGGACAACAUACCCUGCUAUGAAGACGAUAGUUGACACCAUUAUACAAACUGUUCGAGCACAAAGAAAAAUUCAAGUACCAAAGAGAAAAGCCAAUAACAUUACAUGGAAUAGAGUGGAGUGUCCUCGACAACGUAAUAAUAUAGAUUGUGGAUAUUACACGUUGAGGUUUAUGAAAGAAACUCUUCUUAUGGAUCGAACAGAUAUUCCAUCUGAUUACUUUGAUGAAUAUAGAUGUGCUUAUUACUCAAAAGAUCAGUUGGAUGAAAUUAAAGAGGAAUUGUGUCAAUUCAUUAUCGAGCUACAGGUUUUGUGAGGUUAUAUAGCAUAUUUAGAAGAUAGAACUAGAAUGUGUUGAAAUACAUUUUGAUUAGCAUUUUUGGAGGUUAUUAGAAAUGUGUAGAUUUUUUGUAAAGGCAAACAUUUUCAAGUAUAUAUAUAAAUACUCAAAAAACUGCUGAAAUUAGAAGUA